CAUCGGUGCACAUUCACCGUUCGCCGUCCGACGGUUACCAACGUAUACCUUAACAAUAACAGCAGUAAAGUACAAUAACACAGUACCAACAAUGAGAGUGUUCGUUUUUUUAAUUUUGUAUGCGGUCUCUGUUUAUGGGAGAGUGACGCCCGACUUCUUUCCUCAAUGCAAGAGAAGCGAUCCACAGAUAGACAAGUGCGUUUUGGACGCCGUCGAGACAAUGAGGCCUCGUCUGAAGACGGGCAUUCCUGAAGUCAACAUUCCGCCUUUAGACCCCUUCAUGGUGCCAACGUUGAAACUGGACAGGACUGCUCCAAAUCUGCGAUUGAAAGCCACGAUCAAACAAACUAAAGCCUUCGGGGGAAGUAACUUUAAGAUUGAAAAGUUGAAGAUUAACUUGAAUAAUAAGUACACAGGGGAGAUUAAAAUGGUUUUCCCAAAGUUGAUGGUGGUUGCGGAUUACGACGUGCGUGGCUCUAGAAUUCUCACCCUGGACAUAAAUGGAAAAGGAAAACUCAGAGGAGAAUUCACUGGAAUAACAGUGGUUGCGAAGGGUCUAGCUAAGCCCAUACAAAAGGACGGAGUUGAAUAUCUUCAGGUGGACAAGAUUUUGACAAGAGUUAGAGUUAGUAAUGCCCAGAUCGGUUUCGAUGACACGGAAAGACCACUGGCUGCCGCAUCGGCUGCGUCAUUCUUCAACUCGAGUCCUGGAGUCGUUCUGGACAUCCUUAAUCCUUUAAUAGAAGAGACAAGUGCAGCCGUCAUCAAAGCCUUCGUCAACAAGAUCCUUGGAAACAUACCCUUGCACGAGAUACUCGUUGAUGACGUACCAUCCUUUUCGAGCGUAUAUCCUGAAGACCUUAAAGUGACAGCGAACAUUAGUUUGCCACGACUGGUGAUGACCGGGGACUACAUGGUAAUCGGAGAAUUCCAGAUGCUUCCCGUUGAAUCUAUUGGGAAAAUGGCUGCUAAUUUCAGUGAGUGCACAAUCGCCUUGGAAGCGUUAGGCGCCAGAGUGCACACGAGAAUGGUGAUAAGGGACGCAAGGGUGCGGCUUCGCUGUGCUGGUCCGGUUGGAGCCAACCUCAUGGAAGCUCACUCGACAACCGACGAAAUGGAAAUGGUAACCGAUCACAUAGUGAGCAUGCACUCCGAGGAUCUGGUCAGGGAGGUGCAGCCGGCCAUCGAGACUGCCCUCGCGAUGGUACUCGAAGAUAUCGCCAAUAAAUUCCUGAAGCACGUCCCGGCCGAAAUGGUGUUCCCGAAUUAUCACGAACUACCGCUACUUUUAAAGCAGUGCUCAUAUCUUUUUCUAAUCAAUAACAACAUGUUAUGUAUUUUUUUAUUAAUUUGUGCUAUAAGUUUAUGUGAAGGAGACAAUAAUUUUAUAAACUUUGGUGGUUUUAUAUGUCCGAGAGAAGAAAAGGCGUUGGGGAAAUGUCUGAAAGACGCUUUGAACGAGUAUAUCCCUAAAUUAGCCACAGGACUGCCGGAAUAUGGGGUUCCCCCAUCGGAGCCGCUUAUCGUUCCAUCGAUUUCUAUCCAGCAGUCAACUGGUCCCAUCACGGUUACUUCGUCGUACUCUGAUGUUACGGUCCGAGGGCCCUCGAAGAUGCGAAUUAAGGAUGUCCAGGUGAACUCAGUGCACCGUCGUGUUGUAGCCAAGCUGUAUAUUCCAGAGCUCAAGAUGAAGGGCAAUUACAAGUUAUCUGGACAGCUCCUCAUGUUGCCAAUGAAUGGAGAAGGACAGUUUACUGCAAAAUAUGGCGAUAUUGAUGCAACAGUAACAAUAAUAUUAGGCCGUGAGCCUCGACCGAACAGCGUAGAUGCUCUCACUUGUGACCAGCUCGACGUCAAUUUUCACGUGGGCUACGCUUCCAUGCAACUUGAAAAUCUAUUUGGUGGCGACGGAGAACUGAGUAAAGCAAUGAAUAAAUUUCUUAACGAGAACUGGAAGAAAUUAUCAGAAGAACUUCAAGUGCCGAUGGAGGAAGCGCUACGUGAUUUCUUGAAGCCACUGGCAGAUCACGCUUUUGCUACUCUCAACGCUGACGACAUUUUGCUAACUUAAAUGCUACUCUAUAAAUUCUAAUCUUAGACUAUUUAGGUGCAUCUUUUUAUAUGAAUCUUUUUCCUACCUAUUCCCUAGUAGCCUAUGGAACUAUUCCAGCUACUGACGGAGAGAGUUUGCUAACACUAACCCUAGAACCCGCAGAAUCUACCACCGGAUCGGAAUCGCGACCCACUGAGAAGAUCCGGCGAGAAAAUCAGUGGGUUAUAUCUCAUAGACAUUCGCAUGUCAAACUUUUGACCGGUGCUUGAAUAUCUUAAAAUCACCGAGUGGGGAUUCGUGGGAUCAGACAAUCUAUGCAUCACUAGUCAUUCGAUGAUUUUAUUGGAAUAUGAUAACAAUUGUGAGUAAUUAAUGAUUUGCGAUGAGAAAUAUUUGAAGAGAGAAAAUAAAAGUGAAAGAGAUUCAAAUGACAAAUAAUGUAUACUAAGACUCUGUGCAAUCCAUUUUGGUAGCAGAGCGCAUAGAUUAUACACUUAUAAUAAACCAUAGAUGCACUUUGAUGAACACAUUUCCUUUGAACAUGUAAGCAUUUUUUGACAUUAUGAAUAUGUAAAGUAGUUACAUUAAAAGUCAAAUAAUGUCUUGAUCAGAGUAAAAGGCGUGGUCUUACUUAUAUAGAGUUUAUUAGAUAAUACAUCACAUUCUCAUUUUGGAUUAAACCUAAUAUUAUACAUUUAAAAUUCAUUCGUGAACUUAAAUAAAUAAAUCUUAUAUCUAA